ACGCCCACUUUAUCCAAGAAAUAAAAAAUAUAAACAAAGGUGGCUGAAGGCUGGUUCAGCGAUUGAAUUCAUCGGAUUUGUGGAUUUUCCACAAUGGAAGAGAAUUCCCGUGAAGACGACCAGUCGAAGGAACUUGAUUCUUACGAGGAACAGGAGGAGGACGACCAGGAAUUCUUCAUCCUGAGAAAGAGACUCAAAUUUCAGGACAUUUCCGCAGAUCUGCCAAUUUAUGACUGGCAAAAUCACAAGUCGCUGUGGAAUCGAGAUGCUUCCCUUUUGCUGUGGAACGCUGAAAAUACCGACUGCACCUUUCUCGUUGGCUGUGGUCGAGACGACAAACGAGAGGUGAUAAAAUGUCACCGCCGAGUUCUCUCCUACGCAAGCACAGUCUUUGCCUCGAUGCUCUAUGGACCUUUGUCCGGCAAUGAAGAGGUCAUCGAGGUCACUGACAUUGAGCCAGACACCUUCAAACUUAUGACUAGCUAUUUUUACACUGGCAAACUGGAGCCGUCUUCCGUUGAACUAGGCUUGGCGCUUCUCUACGCAGCUCAGAAAUAUUUGCUGACUCAAUUGCAGCAAGAAUGUUACCUGUACCUGAUGAGCAACCUGAGACCUGACAACAUCCUCAAAUGCUACGAGAUUGCUGAUGAGAUCGGCUACAUCAAUCUUAGGGACACAAGUUUUAAGGUUAUUUGUGACAGUUGCGAGACAAUUCUGUGCCACCCGUCAUUUGAAGAUGUGAAAUUUUCCACUCUGGCCGCCAUCGUCAACGAGGAAAACCUGAAUUUGGAUAGUGAGGCCAAUCUGAUUUCGGCCGCCUUCCGUUGGGCCGAGAAAGAGGCGAGUCGGCGCCAACGCAAGAUCGAGCCUCUGCAGCUGCGAAACGUGCUCGGCUCGAUUCUGCCCAAAUUCCGCUUCCUCACCAUGAGCCCCGAAGACUUCACCGAGCGCUUCAUCCACGUCAACUACUUCACUCUAGAUGAGAAAAACGCCCUGCUGGUCAACAUCAUCAGCCGGGACAAGUUGCCACUGCCCAGAGGCUUCUCUGAGACAGACAGAGUCCGUCGAGCCAAAUUCCUCAAAAAGCCUAAAUUUGUUUUCCACGAGAGCAUGACGAACGCGUCACUGGGCGAGGGGUUGAUUGAAACCUCAGAGGCCAACCGCAUGGAGACCGUCGUCAAGUUCAGCUGUGACAAAAACGUGCGGCUCAUCGGCGUUUCCUUUCCCGAGAGGAUUUCCAACGAGGAAAAAAUCUUGUUUGACUGGGACAACGAAGACGAAUAUUACGUUGAGGACAUCGAAAUCGCCAUCUUUGGUGAGAACCACCAGCUCGUUCAUCAGGAAUUCUACAAGGAGAAAAUUACAAGAGCAGGCAUCAACAGGUGCAAUUUCAGUCAACCUGUGAUGCUCAGCUCAGGCAAAAUGUACAAACUGAGCGCAACCUUCAACGAGAGUGGCAGCUACACGAACAUAGAGCAGAUUUGUGAGGUCUAUCAAGGCCACGACAUCUCCCUGCGCAACACAGUCACCAGCAAGAAGCUCAAAAUAAUCAAGGCCCUCCAUUACUCCCUGUUCUGAACUUUCCAGGAGUGAAUCGACCCCACCGAAAAUGGGGUUUCCAUGAAUCUCCCGAGAUAACCGGGAUUGUUAUGUUUUUCAAGUCUUCUCAGAACCGAAGAAGUCUCUAAGAAAUUAUUAUUCUAAUCAACCCUUUAAGACUGAUAAAAGGAAAAUAAUCUGCGUGUGUAAUUCCAAAUAAUAAUAUUUUGCUACCACGAAUAUAUUUCUAGAUUUU